CUGUAGGUUUAAGCUAAAAAGCUCCGUAAUUAGAAGCUCGGCUGACACAGAUCCAGUUUCCUGGGCAGGCAGAUUAAAAAAAAAAAUCAUCUCCCUAACUCAGAUGUUUUCCUUUCGCUUUGCAGCACAAAAUUUCCAGCAUUCGGCUGUGAUUCUUCUUCCUGUGACCAGUCGCUGGAAGCAGGUGGAGAGGGGUGGAGAAGCUGCUGGCUGGCUGGGAGCUGGGACAAGACAGGGACGGGAAGUGGCAGCCGGGUCUCGUAAAUUCAAGCAAAUCUGUGCUCUCCGGGGAUCUCACCCAUAGCUGCGCCCCUGGCACGGUGGGCAGCGGCAGAGUUCAUCAGCUCUCUCCUCCUACUCAUGUCCCUGCCGAGCCCUGCAUGGCCCCAGAGAGACGUGCCGCCUUGCAGUGGGACACAAGCUGGUCUCCCUCCCACCUCCUCCUCGGACAGUGACUCUGGCUGUGCCUUGGAAGAGUACCUGGAGCCCGCAGCAGACUCAGCCCCAACAGAGGCAUCCCUGUGCUUGGACUCUCAUUCAGCCAAGAGUGUCCCUGCUGCCGUUGUGAACCAGCACCGGAUCAAAGCCCUGCUGCAGCAGCUGCCCCCUCAGGACUGUGAUGAGAGGUACUGCCCUGGUCUCGGGGAGGAGGAGAGGCAACAGCUGGAAGCAUUCAGCACGCAACGUAGGCAGGAAGCCCUGGGGCAAGGAUCUGUGUGCCCUGUGCCACCCACCAGCCAUGAGUGUCUUUGCAAGAAGUGCGGCAAGAGGAUGAACAAAGGUGACCCGGGGGUGUUUGCCUCCCGGCUGGGGGAUCAUUGCUGCUGGCAUCCCUCCUGCUUCGUCUGCCACUCCUGCCACCAGCCCCUUGUGGACUUCAUCUACUUCCACCAGGAUGGGAGCAUCUACUGCGGCCGGCACCAUGCGGAGCUCUUCAGGCCACGCUGCGCCUCGUGUGAUCAGCUGAUCUUUGCAGCCAAGUGCAUCGAGGCGGAGGGCCGGCGCUGGCACGUGGAGCACUUCUGCUGCCUGGAGUGUGACCUGCCUCUUGGCGGGCGGCGCUACGUCAUGAAGAGCGGGAGACCCUGCUGCUGCAGCUGCUUUGAGAGCCUCUACGCCGAGCUCUGCCAGGCCUGCGGGGAGCUCAUCGGUGCUGACAGCGAGCAGGCCACCCACCAAGGCCAGCACUGGCAUGCCCGCCCCUCCUGCUUCUGCUGCAGCUUCUGCCGCAAGCCACUACUAGGAGAGCAGCUCACGUCCCGCCACGGCCUCCCGUACUGCUCGGAGACCUGCAGCUGGGAGAAGGAGCGCGCCUCAUCCUCCUCCACGGCCUCAGACUCCUCUGACUCAGCUUUCCUCUCCACACCCUCUCCCGACUCCACGCCUGUCCCCAGAGCCAGCCGCAGCAGCAGCCGGAGCAGCCCCAUGCCCACCCCAGAUGCAGACAGGGAUGCCCGCAAACCAGGGGCUGCAGCUGACGGGACAGAGGAGCCUUCAGCCCAGACCGGCAUCCACCCUGCCUUCAGGAGCCAGGAUGACCAGGGAGCCCUUCUCAGAGAGAGGGGCAAGGGAGCUACCUCCGUUAGUGCCUUUGGACAGGCAGCUGCUGCCUUCCCGGAGCAGGAUCUGUCAUCAACACCCCCCCACUAUGAAGUGGAUCAGAGCGUGCUUGGAGCUUCACCGGUCCCCACCGGAAACCCCCAGGCAGACAUCAGUGCCCUGUACCUGGGCGCCAGCCCCUCAGCAGACUGCAGCGUGACUGUCCCGCAGAGCCCUGUGCCCCCCGAACAAGCGCUGCGGCACUGGGAUGCGGAGGAGGACGACUCGCGGUGCCCGACCUGCUCCUCCUCCUCGGACUCAGAGCAGGAGGGCUUCUUCUUCGGCGAGCCGAUCCCCAAGCCUGGGACGGGGCGCCCUGCCACCCCCAGCUGGGAGCACAGCAACCUUGGCCCGGCAGCUGGGAAGACAGCCAGGCUGCGAGCAAGCAGCAAGCACUGCAGCAUUUCCUAACACGGGCCAGGCUCAGCACAAGGGAGCAGUUUCCUGCACCAUGGAAAGGGGGAGUGGAGAGAGCGGGGAUCACAGGGCACAGGGGAAUCGACCAGGAACACCCCAGCAGGUGCACUUGGGACACAACCCGAGUGUCCUGGCCCCACAUGUUGUCCCUGGGUGGGAGGAGAGUGCAGAGCAGUGACAAUAGCCUCCAGGGUCCUCUGGACAGACCCAGGGCUGGGAUACAGACGUGCUGGACUGAAUCUCUCAGUGCUAGACUCGGGCUUCAGGCAUGUGCCAAGCUUUCAGUGCAUUUUACAAGUGUGUUUGGAACCGGCCCAAGCACAGAUAGCGAUAAGCCUCUGGGGCCCUUUCACUGGCAGGCUCCUAAUGGCUGUUCUGCAGGGCUGUCCCCAUUGCUCCUGUAACAGGAUGAUGAACAGGUAAAAGUAGCCAGGCAAGGGCAGGUAGGCAGACCAGCCCUUGGGGGGCCCAAUGCCUUCACUGGCUUGCAUCAGGCUGGGAAGACAAUAGCCCUUUCAGAGUCCUUGGCCCUGCUCCCCCACCACAGCUGAGACCUGAAGAGUGAUUGUGCCUGGCUUCCCCUUGGAAAUCCCUUCCUUGCCUUGGCUCUGCCUCCUGGCACUGGAGUUCUCACAGACCCUCUGGGGGCAGGACCCUGAUGGCACAACCCGGGCACCCAGCCUGAGGUGCCUAGAGGGAGGUGACUCUCCAGAAAGCCUGGCUGAGUCCUGUCAGAGAUAGGUGAGCGUGGUGAUGGCAAGCCCCCUUCCUCACAUAACGCUGCUGUUGACUCCGGGUGCAGACUGUGUGCCUGCAGCAAAGUCCCCUUGAAUGCAGACAACCGGACGCUGGUCCUGGGAUCUCACAACAUCCCCCUCUCCCUUCCAAGCUAAGCGAUGAGACUCCUUCCACCGCACAGUGCAAGGGGGCUUAACUGGGGCAGGCUGGGGGAAUGUCUCAGUGUUAUACAGACAGGCUCCUAAGCCUCGUCUCCAUCAAUAAAACUCAAUGUGGAUCUCAA